AGUUCAAGUGCAGCGAUGUGGUUCACUCGGUUUGUGGUUGUGUGGCUUUUGGGCUGCCUUGCAGCGGGUGUUUUAGGCUUCAAGAGCUGCGCUGAGGAGAAGAUUUGUGUGCCCUCCGAGCAGUGCAAUGAGGGUCUCAUGGUGGAAGGCCACUUCUAUCCGGAUCGCAGCAGAACCAUGCUAGAUGAGCAGUGUCAUUAUAUGGAAAAGUGCUGCAAUAUCCACGAUACGCUACCCACAGUCAGAACUUUGGAAGGAGCAAACUCCUGGCAAUGUGGUGGACGUCAAGAUCUUUGGUACUAUCUCCGCCCGUUGGGGUACAAGCAGCAGGAAGCAAAGUUCGGCGAGUUUCCGUGGCUGGUGGCCAUUUAUGGGGCCUCUGGUUAUUUGUGCAGUGGAGCGCUCAUAUCACCCGUAACCGUCCUCACCACGGCUCGUUGCGUGCAGAACGAGACGUCCGAGAAUAUUCGUCUGGUGGCUGGUGAAUGGGAUGCUGCGGUGGAGCUGGAGCCGCAACCCCAUCAGACCCGUGAGGUGGCGGAGUUGCUGCUGCAUCCCAAUUAUACGCAGACACCGGUGGCCCACAACAUAGCAGUGCUGCUGCUGGCCAAGGAGUCGCCUCCCUUCGAGCUUGCGCCCAAUGUUCAACUGAUUUGUUUGCCUCCGCCCCAGAUGGUGUACAACUACAGCCAGUGCUAUGUUUCUGGCUGGCGGCGAAUCGAUUUCGGUGGCUCCGUGACGUUGCCUAAGCGCUGGACUCUUUACGCCCUGCCACGGGAUCAGUGCAUGGCGAAACUCCGGCUGUCCUACCUGGGUCGACGGUACUCCCUCAAUGACACACUGCUCUGCGCUGGCGGGGACAAGGGAGACUUUGUCUGCGGCGAUGGUGGCAUGGAUGGAGUGCCCCUCAUGUGUCCGCUCCCCGGUCACGACGAUCGCUUUGUUUUGGCCGGCCUGCUGGCCAAGCCAGUGCGCUGCGAAGGCCCACAGUUGCUGGGAAUUUACACGAACUUGCAGUUCUACCGGCAGUGGAUAGACCAGAAGCUCAGGGAACGCGAUAUCGACAUACGGCAGUACAUGGUGUAACCAGAUUGUAAGCAACUCCCAUAUAAACAAAGAUUAUUCUAGGAAAAUAAUUGUGUGCGUAUAAAUGUUGCCAA